AUGACUUGGCCAGUGAACCCUUGGUGGAAGUAUUUUUCACGAAAAAAUGGUGGAGGAAACAGCGAUGGGAACCUGUUCAAUGCAGUGAAUGGGAUGGGAGGGCAAGAGGGAGAAGGAAGGAAUGAAAAAGAUGCUUGGUUUUGGCAUGACAAAGUGAAGCCAGGCAGGAUUUUGUGGAAUCGACACUUCAACCACCUUGCUACGUGUUUCAAUGGUGUGAAUAACGAAGAGCUAGCCGAAGGAAAUUUGGAGAACUUUUUCGAGAUCUUGCGAGCAGUUGUACUUAAGAAGCUGAACAUAUGGCGAGACGUCAUAGCCUUCUUAGAGUUCGAUUUCAUUCCUGUGUGUUUGUUGAAGAUAUCUAAGGAGAUAUGCACACUACUAGUUGACUUCCUGCUUACUCUUGCCCAUGAUCUGGAGACACUGGACGCUGAAGAUUUCCCGCUGAACGCUCUCCACGCAACAUCAACUUUCGAGCGAUUUUUGUUGAAGCAAGACGAAGAAAUUAUUACCGGUACUCGACAGGCUGAACUGGCUUACAUUGGUUGCCAGCUUGUUCUGAUGCUCGGGAUAACUUUUCUAGAUUAG